AUAAUAAACACGGAAUAAGUCAAUAGAUAUAUUGUUUCCUCACGGAUGUAUAUCACCGCGACACACGCAGCAGUUCAUGUGCCGCAUUACAGAGCUGCUGUCUGUAGCUGGAUCAUAAGCUACUGCAGCAUGGCGAAACCCCGCGGGUUCGAGUUCUGGAGGAGCACUCUGAAGGGCGCGCGCUACGUGGUCGCGCCUAUGGUGGACCAGAGCGAGCUGGCGUGGAGGCUGCUGAGCCGCAGACAUGGCGCAGAGCUCUGCUACACGCCCAUGCUACACGCUCAGGUGUUCCUCAGAGACGCCAACUACCGCCGCGAGAACCUUUACAACGAAGUCAGCCUGGAGGACCGACCCCUCAUCACACAGUUCUGUGCCAAUGAUCCUGAGGUGUUUAUCCAGGCAGCUUUACUUGCCCAGGAUUACUGUGAUGCUAUUGAUCUCAAUCUGGGUUGCCCCCAGAUGAUUGCCAAAAGAGGCCAUUAUGGUGUGUUUCUUCAAGAUGAGUGGGACCUUCUUGAGAAAAUGAUUAAAUUGGCUGAUGAAAAACUCUCCGUGCCCAUUACUUGCAAAAUCCGGGUCUUCCCAGAGAUCGAGAAAACAGUGAAGUAUGCAAAAAUGCUGGAAAAGGCUGGAUGCCAGCUCCUCACAGUUCAUGGGAGAACCAAAGAUCAAAAAGGGGCUUUGACCGGCAUUGCAAGCUGGAAGCAUAUCAAAGCUAUACGAGAGGCUGUAAACAUUCCUGUUUUCGCCAACGGAAACAUCCAGCAUCUGAGUGAUGUUCAGCGCUGCAUGGAGGAGACUGGAGUACAAGGUGUCAUGAGUGCAGAAGGGAAUCUCCACAAUCCUGCCCUGUUUGAAGGCCAAAGUCCACCUGUGUGGGAGAUGGCUGAGGAGUACCUGGAUGUUGUGGAGAAACACCCACCAUGCAGUCUGUCUUACGUCCGUGCCCACAUCUUCAAACUAUGGCACCACACCCUACAGAUACAUCAAGACCUCAGGGAGGAGUUAGCCAAAGCCAAGAACGUACCUGGUAUUGUGGAGAUCAACAGACAGCUGAAACAACGUUGCCAGGAGGAGAUGGCUAAAGAUGAAUCAGAAUGGAAUCAGACUGGACUUCCCUUCCCUCACUGGAUCUGUCAACCUUACGUCAGACCACCGCCCAAGGAUCCAAACACUGAAAACGGGCAGAAAGCACUGGAAAUGAAAGCUGUGUGUGUGAAGAGGGCACUGGAGGACAGUGACGGAACCAACGACUCGCUCUCCAAGAACAAGCAGAAGAAGAAAGCCCGUAACCCCUACAAGAACUUCUGUCCAGAGAUGAAACCAAAAUACAUUAAGUGUGAGCAAUGUGGCAACCCUAAAGGGAAUAAAUGUGUCUUCAACUUGUGCCGUGGCUGCUGCAAGAGGAAGGCUUUCAAGGAAGUGGCUGAUUGUCCUGGCCAUGGAUUGAGAUUCAAAACCAAGGCUUUGAGACAGUGUAACUCCAAUACAGGUGGUGGGCUGACAAAUGGGAAACUCAACAGUCAGACAGAUUCCACUGCUGUCCAUGAUCCAUUGUAGGCUGUGCCCUGACCUAAAGGAGGCUUAUGUCCUGGAUAUCUGAAAACUCGUUGACCACUUACCAUUGGGAAGCUGCUGCACUGAAUUGGAAGCUCAAGACUGCAGUUGUGGCCAAACGUGGUUCUCAUUUCUCUAUAUGUAAUUUGGAUCAUUUUUGAACAUUGCAAAGAAACAGACAGCGCUGCUGUUACUUGUGCUAAUCAUUCUCUUCAAUGAUGCACCACUUUCUGGACUGCUGCUGGGUGAAUAGAUCCAUAUUCUUAAUAUUUUGAGACUGCUUAUUAGAAUAGUGUUUUGAUAAUCACUUAUAAACACUUAUGUGUUUGAUAAUGAUAGGAACAUGGUAUAUGAAGCAGCCACUCUGAACGCACAAUCCUGCUCGGCCAAGAAAGAAGAUCUGGCCUUUUAUUGCGGGACAUUCUGUGGAAAUACACUGAUGGACAUCUUCACGCAGACAUAAUCUGAAAUGUGCAUUUUUAUUUUACUUAUUGUCUUCCGAAAUGAAAGAUUCAGCAGAUUUGUAUGUUACAACAACAA